UUGGCCGGUGUGGUCGUACCGAACGACGGCAAAUGUCAUUUGGAUACUCGUGGAUAUUACACGAAGUCUUUGGAACAGGACUAUCCGUCAAUUGCUUUAUUGCAUCAGAAGAUAAAAGAACGCAAAGCAAAUCUUAUUUUCGCGGUGACCGAAAAGAAUAAACAACUUUAUAGACAGUUAAGUGAAGCACUACCAGAUGUGAGUAGUUCAGUGGGUGUAUUGGCUGACGAUUCAAGGAAUAUCGUCACUUUAAUUGAGGAUGAAUAUCGUAAAAUUUCACAAAAAAUCAUUAUGGUUGACAACGCAAAUGCCACGCAAGGAAUACGACUUUCGUAUCGAUCAAAGUGCCUCAGUGGUCGUGCUCUAAAGGAGACGAACGUUUGCGAUGGUAUCAAAGUUGGUGAUGAGGUGACGUUUGAGGUGACUCUCGAGGCAACGCAUUGCGUUAAACAGCGAGAUUUUGCACUUCGAAUUGGUCCGAGUGGUUUGGAUGAGACGUUGGCCGUGGACGUGCACGUUCAGUGUGACUGCGAUUGUCAAUUACAUGAAGUGAUAUACAACUCACCAGUGUGUCAUUCGAAAGGAGAUUUAGUAUGUGGUAUUUGUAUGUGCAAAGGACAGAGUGGUGGACGUCACUGUGAAUGCGAUGCUCCUGGAUUAUCUACGGUUGCGUUAGAUGCCAAAUGUAAAAGGACGAAUGAAAGUGCGAUCUGUGAGGGUCGUGGUGUGUGCAAUUGUGGGGUGUGCGAAUGUACACCGAGAGAUAAUAUCAACGAGAAAAUCUCUGGUCAGUUCUGUGAAUGCGAUAAUUUCAAUUGUCCUCGUCAUGAUCGUAAGAUCUGUGCUGGUCAUGGAACUUGCGUUUGUGGACAGUGCACUUGUGAACCAGGAUGGACAGGUGCUCGUUUCAAUUCUUUCUGA